GAUGUGCCGCAGCCCAUAACACCCAUCUAGGGUUUUGGGCUUUACGAACUUCCCCCAAAUAUAAUCCUUUAAAACCAUCUUUUUCUUUCACUGGCCUUCUCUCACCCGGCGCGCUCGCACACACACACGCAGAAUCAGAGAGAGAGAGCAAACCCUAACGCCGCAACCAUGUCUCUCGUCGCAAAUGAGGAGUUCCAGCAUAUUCUGCGUGUGCUGAACACCAACGUCGAUGGAAAGCAGAAGAUCAUGUUCGCUCUCACCUCCAUCAAGGGUAUUGGGAGACGUUUCGCCAACAUCGUCUGCAAGAAGGCCGACGUAGACAUGAACAAAAGGGCUGGUGAGCUAUCUGCCGCUGAGCUUGACAACCUGAUGACCAUCGUGGCCAACCCACGCCAGUUCAAGAUCCCUGACUGGUUUCUGAACAGAAAGAAGGACUACAAGGAUGGUAAAUAUUCUCAGGUCGUCUCCAAUGCCCUGGACAUGAAGCUCAGGGAUGACCUUGAGCGCUUGAAGAAGAUCAGGAAUCACCGUGGUCUUCGACACUACUGGGGUCUUCGUGUGCGUGGACAGCAUACCAAGACCACUGGCCGUAGGGGGAAGACUGUUGGUGUCUCCAAGAAGCGUUGAAGAAUUUUUAUUGUCUUUCUUGGAUGUUGUUUGGAUAUCAUGUUUGCGCAUUUUGUUUUACAUUUUCAAAUACCCUCUAGUUUAGCAACCUCAAUCUACUUCAGUUUUGAUGGAUUCAUGCAGUAUGUCUAGCUGUCUUUUAUUUGUUCCUUUUGGACUGCUUGGUCUUUUGUGUUUUGAGGAUAGUAUGUUAUGCAAUGGAAUUUGAUCCCCUAUAUUAGUUAAAAUUCUCAA